CCGGUUGUCUCCCUGUUCUGCGACGUUCUGGAACUCCAAGCGAAACUCUGCGGUUACACACUCAGUCGCGGCCACACAUCGUGCAGCCGACAUGCCGUUUUUGGAGCUGGACACGAAUCUGCCAGCUGACCGCGUGCCUGCAGGGCUGGAGAAACGGCUCUGCGCGGCUACCGCCGCGAUCCUGAGCAAACCCGAGGAGCGCGUGAACGUGAUGGUGCGGCCCGGCCUGGCCAUGGUGGUGAACGGCUCCGCAGAGCCCUGUGCGCAGCUGCUCGUGUCCUCCAUUGGUGUGGUGGGUACGGCCGAGGAGAACCGCGGACACAGCGCCCACUUUUUCGAGUUCCUUACCAAGGAACUGGCCCUGGGCCAGGACCGGAUAAUUAUCCGCUUUUACCCCCUGGAGCCCUGGCAGAUUGGCAAGAAGGGGACAGUCAUGACUUUCUUAUGAUUGGCAUGGAGGGCAUCCAGGGCAUGUGAGCUGGCUGCCUCCUCCAGAAUGGCCUCGCAGCAGAGUGAAGGCCUGGUGGGUGCCAGCUUCUGGCACCCGCUUGUGCAGACAUGCUGUAACCUCAAAGUCCUGCUCUUCCCAGUAUCAAAUAAAUGAACAGAGAUCUUUCUCCAAACAUGACUGCUUUACUUCUCUGCAUUCCCCCACCCCCAGCAUUCUGGGCCUUCCUUGGCAGCAGACUUGGUUUAUGGGGAGGGGAAUGUA